AUGGCGCAUCAGCGCGUGCCCUCGACCAUUGAUGCGGUGAAGGAACCGCAUUCUGUUUCGCUCAAAGUUUUACGACUCUCUCGUCCCUCCCUCUCAAUUCAACACCCUCUCCCACCAUCCCCCUCACCCUCACCCUCCCCAGACCUCACCGCAUCCCUCGCAUACCCCUCUACCAAACCUGAUGCCUUCAUCCUCUCGCCCCUCCUCACCCUCCCCCCGGCCUUCGGCUCCGCAUACGUAGGCGAGACCUUCUCCUGCACCCUAUGCGCAAACAACGAGAUCCUGCCUGGCAGCACCCCCCAGAAAACAAUCUCCAAUGUCCGCAUAGAAGCAGAAAUGAAGAUCCCCUCGUCCGCAACCCCUACAUCUCUCCCUCUUUCUCCACCCUCAUCAUCAUCAUCAUCGUCAUCAUCAGACGAAAACGAAAAGGAUGCCGGCGUAGAUUUGGAAGCGUCGAAAAGCUUACAGAAAAUCGUAAACUUUGAUUUGAAAGAAGAGGGUUCCCAUGUCUUGGCUGUCACAGUCACAUAUACAGAAACAACGCCUACAUCUGGACGGAUCCGCACAUUUCGGAAACUGUACCAGUUUGUCUGUAAAGGGUGUAUGGUCGUCCGCACCAAAGCGGGGCCCCUGCCCCCUUCCCCAUCUUCUUCCUCCCUUAGGAAAUGGGCGCUAGAAGCACAGUUGGAGAACUGUGGAGAGGACACGAUUUGUCUCGAUGGUGUGGUGUUGGAGACGAGGGACGGGCUUCGGAGUGUGGGACUUAAUGGGGAGGAGAGGCCUGUGUUGAUGCCGGGGGAUGUGAGGCAGGUUUGCUUUUUGGUUGAGGAGGUGGAUGGCGGAGGGACGGAGGAGGGGGGGGAGGAUCAUGUUUGGGGUGCUGAGUAUUGGGUGGAGAGGGACAAUGGGGAAUAG